AAGUAGACAGCGCCGAGAGCUUGCUAAAUUUAUACGGCUUUACUGUUUUUUAGUGUGAUCAUAGAUGAUUUGAUUAGAAGUCGCUUGUGGAGGAAAUACUAAAGUAAAUUAUAAUGUACGCUACAAAAAAUAAUAAAAAUGCUGCAACACUCGAUUUGAAUAAAGAAUAUUCACCUUCAAAGAAUUCUAAACGUUUUUUAGACACCGCAGAUCCCAGCAAAGCGGUAAUUGAACAAUUUGUGAAGUCCUUAACGGAGCAAACACAAAGAGCAAACACAAAGCAUCAAGUACGUCAGAACGUUAGUUAUAGGAAGCAAUGCAGUCACAGCGUUGAAGGCACUGAUAAUCAAUUAGUUGAUAUUUACUACAAAGAUAAGGAAUAUGGCACGCCCAUUUUUGUUUAUAUACACGGUGGUUUCUGGCAGGAGUUGGAUAAGAGCACAUCCGGUUCCUUUGUCGAACCGUUGGUUGAACGGGGCUUUCGUGUUAUAGCUGUGGAUUAUAAUUUAUGUCCCAACGUUACACUUGCUACAAUCAAUGAACAGAUCAAAAAUUUUUUUCAGUGGUUAUAUGCUUAUGCAGAGGACACCCAAGCCAGCGUGAUUUCAAUCAGUGGGCACUCAGCGGGUGCAUACUUAUCAACUUUAUUGUUCAAUAAAACAUUACUCGGCCUGCGAUAUGCCGAACGCACAGUAUCGCUUUUCCUGAUCAGUGGCAUAUUUGAUCUACGGGAGUGCUGGAAAUUACCAAGCGUAAAUCCCAAUAAUAUUUGGAAUUUAGAUGCAAUAAGCUCGGAAACGCUUUCACCGAUCACUUGGGAACUUGAUAGAGAAUUUAUUGAGUUUGCUAAACAAAUAAAUUUACGCAUUUACAUAUUAGCCGGGGAAAAUGACAGCGAAACAUUCAAAGCACAGUCAGAGAAAUACGCGAAGAAAUUAAAAGGAGCUGGUCUUCAAACUGAGUUUAAAAUAUUUGACGGCUAUGAUCAUUUUGAUAUUAUAGAGAAUGUGCCCAGAGUGGGAUCUUUGAUAAAUACAUAUCUCUUAGAAAAUUUAUCAUAAAUUAAGAAUCAAACAGAAGGAAGUAAUAUUUUUGAUAUGUUUUUUGGCACAGCCAGUUGGUAAAAGGAAGUUAAACAUUUUUUUUAAUUAUUAGUUCCUUAAAU